GUCGGGGUUGGAAGGCCGAGAUCUUUUGAAGAUUCUUCCAAAGCCGGACGCCUUCAAGUGUGACAAGGCUGAUGAUGAGCACAGCAAGUGGCAUGCCUGGUGGUGGACAUUUCGCCAGUAUCUUGUUGCAGUUGAUCCAAGCUUUGAUGGAGAGAUUGCCACUGUAGAGCGUUCCCUGAACACGCCUGUUGUGAUCAUGAGUGCAGAGCAGCAGGCCCGGAGCUUUCAGCUGUAUGCCUUGUUGAGCGCCCUUAUCAAGGGGCGAGCCUUCCAGACAGUCAAGCAGAUCAGUGGUCAGCAGGGCUAUGAGGCCUUGCGCAUGCUCUUGCUUCAGUAUCAGCCAGCGUCCAGAGUGAGAUCUUUGGGCAUCUUGAGUGCCCUCACGCAGAUAAAAGGGUUCAAUUCUAAGGAGCCCUACCUUCCCCAGAUAUUGGAGCUUGAGCGAGCGUUUGAACAGUAUGCCAUCGCAAGUGGAGAGGAUGUGCAAUCUUCUUUGAAAAGUGCCCUCCUCUUGCGAUCCCUGUCAGGAGUCAUGAGGCAGCACAUCUGCGCCGCGCUGCCCGAGGAUGCCUCGUAUAGUGUGUUGAGAGAAGCAGUGCUGCGUUAUGAGCGUGUGCAGUUCAAGUGGGGUGUCAACAAUGUGUUUGCGCAAGACAGUGUGCUGCUUGGCCAUCGGCAGCAUCAUGAUGAGAGCACUCCCAUGGAGAUAGACAGGGUUGGCAAUGUUGGCAAGGGUAAGUAUGGCAAGCCAGGUCACGGCAAAGGCAACAAGGGGAAGGUGGAAAGGGAAAAGGAGGAGGAAAGGGUCGACUUGACCCUGAUGUCUGUGGAAACUGUGGUCGCCGUGGUGGCCGAUGAUGGACAGCAGUCGCAGGCGGUGAAUCGUGUCUAUGCGAGUGUUGCUGAGAGUGAUGAAGAGAUAGAUUUGACUGUGUUUUCGUGCGCAGGUCCCGUGCAAGUGCAAUCAGGUCCCGUGCAAGUGCAAUCAGGUGUUGAAGUUGAUGAGGUUACAGAAGUGGUGCUGGACUCAGGUUAUGCCGCAGAUGUUAGUCAGCCAGCCAGCUUCUCCGAUGCACAAGGAAACCCGUUGAAGGCGUAUGGUUGGCGCUAUGCACAGGUUGUCCUGGACAACGGUGUGACUUUUCGCGAAAGGUUUCUGGUGACUGACGUGACGUCACCUCUGCUGGCAUGCGGGAAGCUUUACAAGGCUGGCUGGAGUGUGCAACACAUGAACAAUGAGCUAGUGCUCACCAAGGGUUCCCGUCGUGUGCCGGUGCGGUUCAGGCACAAUAGCUUGGUGGUUGAAGGCAGCAUUCGAGCUGUGAUGAGCAAACCAGAGGCAUGCAGAGUGCGAGUCGUUUCCUUGUCGCCCGUGCUUGAAAGGAUGGUGGAAAACAGUACGGAGUUCUUCGAGGAGCUCAUCCCUGGAGUGUAUGGACUCAAGUGCGAGUCCAAUGCAUACCUUGAUGUAGGGCUGUACCUUCCUAGGGAAGGAAUGCAGUAUCGCACCACACUCGUGUGCGUGAACAAGGCCAACAGCCUCUGGGAGUUGUGCGAGAUGUGCCAAAGCAUAGCAACAUUGGAUGUGUUGGAUGAGCAGUUUGAAGAUGGUGCUGAGCGCACCAUGUUGACAAUUGCCUCUAGAGAAGUGCUGUCGCCUGAGCAGUUGGGAAUCAUCAUGCCUGAGGCUGCUGGCGAUGGUGCUGCAGCAGUGGUGCCUGCCGGCACGCCCGAAGGCCAGGCAGACUCUGACAUGCCGGGCACCCCUGACCUUGAAGCUUUGUUCGCAAGUGAUGAUGACAAGGGAAAGCAGCGUCAUGAUGAUAAGGAUGUGCCCAUGCUUGAGCAGGCAGCUCUUGAGGCAAGCGCCAGGGAUGAUGAUGAAACAGCAGGUGAUUUUGUUGAAGUGAAUGGUGUGCGCAUUGAUGCUGAUUCUGCGCUAAGUGUCAUGCGCAAAGCUUGUGAGUACCUCAACAUAGGCCGGUCAGGUGGCAAAGCCAAGGUGUACAAGCGUUUGUGCCAGCACCUGAAGCAGAUGCAGCUUGCUGAAAGUGUGCGGCUUAAGCAAGCCAAGGCACAGGCUGAGGAGCGUGAGCCCCGUGAAGUUCCUCUUGUGCGUGAGCCCACGCAGCAUGAAAGGUUGAAGCACUGUUUGACCCACUCGCCCUAUCAGCCGUGGUGCGAGUUCUGUGUGAUGCACAAAGCAAGGAGUGACAAGGCUGUGACGGCCAUCGAACCCAAGCGUUCGGUGUCAGUGCUUUCGUUUGAUUACGGGUUUACGGGCCGAGAGCUUGAUCCAGAGAACAAACUUAUCACGUUGUGCGUCAAGGACCGUGACAGUGGAUGGAGGGAGUCAAUCCCGACCAAGCGCAAAGGAGGACCAGAGAGUCUUCGCUACUUGACAGGUGAGAUCGUCCGCCUGUGCAAUGUUCUUGGUUACAAUGAUGUGACGAUCCGCUCCGACCCGGAGCCCAGCUGCCGAAGCCUUCAAAAUGAGAUCCAGAAAGCUCGUGGCCGACUUGGGCAGAGAACGAGGCUUGAACAGUCUGGAGAGGAGGAAAAGUCCUCUAACGGAGCCGCCGAGGAGGCGGUGGCCGCCACGCGCCAGCAGUCUUGUGUGCUACUGAGUGCGUACGAGCACCAUACAGGCAAGAAGGUGGGAAGCCAGCAUCCGCUCCACGCGUGGGCGGUGCGUCAUGGCAGUUGGAUCCUCAACAGAUACUGUGUGUCGCGUGACCAGCAGACGCCUUUCGAAAUCACUUUUCAGACAGCUAUGACGAACAAGCCUGUGAAGGGCUCUGCCAAAUGGGUGCGGUCAAUGUGGCUGGGAAAGGCAAAUGCGAGUGAUGGACACUUAGUUGUCACUGCUGGAGGCAAGCUUUUGAUCACAAGAAUGCGCAAGCAAAGGGAGCCCAAGGCAGUUGAGGCGGAGGCAGGUCCUGAGGCUGAUGAGGUUGGUGUGCUCGGGCCUGUGAGCCCACUGCUACGUGCCGGUGACGAGGCCGGCUCCGAUCCCGAGAGCAGCUCUCCCAGUGCAGACGUGCCGCCGAGUGGGGACGCAAAGGAUGAUGAUAAGAGCGGUGCACACAGCAGCGACGAUGCCAAAUCAAGUGCCAGUGCCCCUACGCCAACCGCUGAUGCACAUGUGGAGCCGAUGCAAGAUGUCGAAUCUGCGAGUGCUGAGCCUUCGGUGCCCAUCGCAGGCGGGGAUGGCGGGGACACUGAGUCCGCUACUCCUGUUGAGCGUCCAGCUAAGGCGGCAAGGCUGCAAGCUGUUGCACAGAACGACCUCUACCACAAUGAUGCACCUAUUGAGUUUGAUUUUCAGAAUGGGGAGCUCGAUGACUUUGAGGGAUAUGAUUAUGGUUUAGAUGAUUACUACUUCAGUGAGGAGCCUGACCUUGCUGAUGGACCACCGGAUGAGCUGUGGCGACCUUUCACCCCAGCUGAGCCAGAGCUGACAGAGGAUGAACUGUUCAAGGUUGACAGUGCUGCGGAUGACUUUGAAAUUCGAAGGUUGCUGGAGAUGAAUGUGCUUGAAGCCAUGACCGCGUCAGCAGCAGAGCAAGCUCAGCAAGAAGGUUCCAGACUUUUGUCUACUAAGUUUGUCCGCAGUUGGCGGAUCAAGAUGCGCAAGCUUGACAAUGGGCGUGAGGAGCAGCAAUACUUGAGAAGAUCACGGUUUGUCGGCCGUGAGUAUGCCUGGUUAGACAAGGACAGAACUGAGUUGUUUGCUCCAGCUUCAAGCAGCCUACUGACAAGACUACUCCCCAGUGUUUUUAUGCGCAACAAAGACAACAACCAUGCCUGUUGCGUCCUCGACGUAGCAGACGCUUUUCUUACCGUCGACCAGCGUAUCCCUACAAUUGUUCGUGCAAACUUGGGCAGCGGACAUGAAGAGCAAUAUGUGCAGCACUUUCGUCUGGUGAAACUUUUACCUGGCCAGCGUGAUGGCACAGUUCGCUGGCACGAGGCAUUCGCCGAAUUCCUCGACGGCAAGCUUGGUCUGGAGCCUUAUGUGCCAUGCCCUGCCCUUUUCAGGCUAAAGCAAGUUGAUGUGUCAGGACUCCUUCACGUGGAUGACCUUUUCAGUGAAGGAGCGCGCCCAGGACUUGAGACAAUGGUUGCUUGUGUCAAGGAGAAGUACAAGGGCACCGUGAGUUGGCUGUGUGCACAUGGGGAUGAAGUUGGUUUCCUCAAGAAGAGCUACAAGCUGGUGAGAGAUGAUUUGCUGAUCAUCCAACCUCACCCUCGCCAUGUUGAGCGUUUGGUUGAGAUGUUCGGUUUGGGGCGCAGUGCGCCCAAGGCCAGCCCCAUGCCAACAACAGUGCCGUUGGAUGAUGUCGAGUUGGACAGCGAGCGCAGCACACUGUUCAGGACCGCCGUGGGCAUUUUGCUCCACUUGCAGGCCGAUGUGGUGGAGGCCCAGUUUGGAAUCAGAUGGCUAGCUCAACAUAUGAGCCGGCCUACUGCUGGGGCACUUCGGGUGCUCCGACACAUGAUCCUGUACCUGAAAGGGACGAGCAGCUAUGGCAUUGGAUUUCCUGUGCCCACUCGUGGUGUUGGGAUAACUGUGCAAAGCAAGUCUGGACUGGAUGUGCUGGAGACUCACACGGAUGCUGAUUGGGCCGGGGACCGCGAGCAUCGCCGAUCGGUUUCUGGCUGCGUGAUUACCCUGAAUGGGCACAUGCUCAGCAGCAGCAGCAGCAGGACACAGAAUACUAUAGCGCUCAGUUCCGGGGAGUCUGAGUAUGCAAGUGCGGUUUCGGGGACAUGUGAUCAAGUGUUCAUCCGGAAUGCUGCUGAGUUUGUGAUGCGAAGCAAGGUGGAAUCGCAAUCUGUUGCUUGA